AUGGGCAAAGAUCCACUUUUAAAGAACAGUACAUCUCGAUUGUACUCUCCAUGGCAACUGGAUGAAAAUGAAACUUGGGUCAAAAAACCACAUCGAUUUGGGUUGAUGGCCAAAGAAGAUGAUUUUGAGACAUUUAUCGAUGAGGAUAUGACCAGAACCAUAUUGAGGAUCGAGCAGGAGCAAUUGGAAAGGAUCCAGCGUUUGAGAGAAGAGGAUUCUGCCGAUGAUGAUGGCCUCAUAUCAAGACAAGCUCAAAAACUUGACAUUCAUUCUUCUCCUGCAAGCAACCAAGCCUUUCAGAUAUCACUGCUGAAUCAAGAAUCAAGCGGGUCCUUUUCAGUACCUCAGGAGCAGCAAACAUCAUUAAUGACAUUGAAAGAGGCUGUCUUGUCCAAAGAGGCAUCAAAAAAAGAUCACUCACUCUCUGCGAGCAACUCUCAAGUCAUCCAAAUCUACAAAAAGAUUGGUUCCUCACUAGCACGAUUUCAAUCGACAAUGAAUCGAUUGCCCAAAGCACUGAAGAUUAUUCCUUCCUUGCCCAACUGGGAUGAGGUUUUGUUACUGACAGAGCCUUCCUCUUGGACGCCUCAGGCAAUGUGUGAGAUAACAAGAUUAUUCUUGACAAAUGUCAAAGCGACUCAAACUAAACAAUUCUUUCAGUUUGUGCUAUUGCAUGGAGUGAGGAAUGACCUGGCAAAGAGUGCGAACAGCCAGUUGGAUCCCGCGCUCUACACCGCGCUAAAGAAAGCACUGGCAUGCAAUCCUGCACUGUUCAUGAAGGGAUUACUGUUUCCACUCUGCGAAUCAAACACUUGCAGUGUCGCUGAGGCAUGCAUAUUGGCUAAUGUGCUAGGACAAACCAAAAUACCUGCUCUUCAAUCAGCAACUGCAUUACUCAGGCUGUCAGAGCAGUUCUUUACCUUACCCAUCUGUAUUCUUGUUCAAGUAUUCCUGCAGAAGAAACAGGCAUUGCCUUAUCGCGUGGUGGACAUGUUGGUCUUUAAAUACUUUUGUCAACGAGAAGAGAGCCCUCAGCAACCGCCCAUCAUAUGGUAUCAGUCAUUGCUCAUGUUUGUUCAAAGCUACAGUAUUGACAUGGUUCCUACUCAGAAGACGGCUUUGCUUGCAUUGAUGCAGCGUGUUACAAGAAAUGAGUUGUCCAUCAUGAUUGAAAAAACCAUCAAAUCUGCCAUCAAAUCCAACGAUCAAGAGCUCGAGACGGACGACAGCGAUGACACAGCUGCCUGUAACGAGGACUCGAGCUCUGAUCAAAGUGAUGAUGGCAUGAUGAUUGAUUGA